AUGGCAGCCGGAGGCACCGUAUGCAUUGCAAAAGCAUCGCACUCGUAUAAAUGCAUUACAAAUUUACUCAGCAUGAGAAAUAAAAUUUGUAAUGCAGAGCUGCCUUAAGAAGAAGAUUUGUGAUGCAUAAUGGCGACUACUACGAGUACGAUACUUUUGCACAGGAUACACCGACGCAGCAUCGUCCUCCGGCGGACCACAAGCGAAAACAAAUCAAACGCCUUCCAUAUGACCUGCUCAGGUGUCUUCACAAGCUCGUCAACUGUUACAAUGGACGAGUCUGGAUUUUGAUGUUUUGCAUGAUCAGCAUGACGAGAGAUACGCACAGUGCUCCGCUUAUAUCCGCGAAGAGUUUUUGUUCCACGGGUUGUGUAAUUUGUGAGAUUGUAACGCCUGAGCGGGGCAUAUUGCAGGGGCACCAAGCGGUCUUCCAGGGCGGACGAGUAUGACUAUCUGUUUAAAGUGGUGCUUAUCGGUGACUCCGAGGUGGGUAUCCUGAAUAAAAACGUCCCUUCCCCAUAGAUUAGGAUGGGAAAUCUGCUAGACAAACCACAAAGCUUUGGUUGUAGCGCAUGACAGAUUCGGGCUCGCAAUGUAGUCGUCUUUGGUCUUACGUACUGCCGCAGCAUCACAGAUCGAGCAUGUCAUGCUGAUUCAAGCAUCACAAAUCUCAAAAUAGCCCUAAAAAAAAGGCUCUCAUGAUGGGCCGCCGUUUGGGAAUCAUUUUAAGCAUGCAGAUUUGCAUUGCAACUGCUAUGGGGAGGGGACGUUUUUACACAGGAUAGUGUGAAAAUCAAACUUGCUCCUCCGCUUCACCAGGGAUGAAUUUAACCUUGAGUCAAGGUCGACAAUAGGAGUCGAAUUCGCCUCGAAAGCUGUGAAGCUGUCGGAUGGUACUAGUGAAGCUGCUUGUUCGUCUGUCCUCACGGGCGGCGGGAUGAAACAGCUGAUGUGAAAGUCGUGAAAUCUGCGCAAUGCAUAAAAAGCAGAAGGCAUUGCAUCAGAAGCUUAAAGCAAUAUUGUGGUGUCGCUCGUAGAAGAACAUGAGCAUCAUCAACAUCUAUCAUCAGGUAAAGUUGCCAAAGCGCAAAUAUGGGACACCGCGGGGCAAGAGCGAUACAGAGCAAUUACGAGCGCCUACUACCGGGGAGCGCUUGGAGCACUGCUUGUGUACUGUAGUUUUUAGGAUGUUGCUUGUAGUUCGAUGAUUGAUAAUAAAUUCAUUGGAUGAAGACCACUUUACCUCAUGCAGCAAGAAGUUGGCCCCAAAGGCAAAGCACCCUAUAGGAUUACUCUGCGGAUAGAGGUGAAAUAGUAGUGCAGAAAUUUCCAGCCGGACGAAAGGGGUGGCCCGUUCCGCAUGGGCCGUCACGUUUUCACAAUGCACAGCACGGCGAGAAGUAAUCGACUGGACCCGUGGUCGCGGGCCAUCGCGCGUUGGGGUUGCCUAGGGCGAGCGUGGGCCGACCGGAUCACCGGGCCCGGGUCAAGAGCCAGGCCCCCGGCCCCCAAACCGUUCGCGGGUGGCAAAAGGGAGGCUUCGCGGACAGCUGUGCGACAGCCGUGCAACAGCCCGGCCCCAACGCAGGCCGCGCUGCGCGGGACCUGCGGCACGGCUGCGAGACAUGUGUGAGGCCGGUUGGGGGCAGGCUCGCGACAAAUGUUACACAGGUGUGAGAGAGGUGUGAAAUAAGUGCGCAAUAAGUGCGCAAUAAGUGUGCAACAAGUGAGAAACAAGUGCGGAUAGGUGUGAAAUAAGUCGUUUUCUAAAAGAAAACGAACUUAUUUCACACCCAUCCGCACUUGUUGCGCACUUGUUGCACACUUGUUGCGCACUUGUUGCGCACCUGAUUCCGGCUGCUGCUCGGGCUGUUGCACAGCUGCCGUGCGGGUGCCUCACAGCUGCUGCCGGCCUGCCGCCGAGCGGCACCAGAGAAAAAAAAUCCGCGGCAGCGGGGGCGAGAUGAAACAAAAUUUUCGCGGGCGCUGCGCGCGCGGAGAAGGUUGUCCUACUCGCUUCGCCUCCCAUGCUUUCAGAAAAAAAAGGGCCGGCGCCUCAUGUUUUUAAUUUUCGGCGCUGCAGCAAAAUCUGCCAUGACCAUGAGCGAAUCCGCUGAAAAAAACCGAGCGCGGCACCCCGAGACCAAAGACGAGAAAAAAAGAGCGCCGAGGAGGCGGACCGCGGUGCCAAAACGCGGCCAGAUCGAUGCAGUUUUAGAAGUUUGCACAUCUGUUUCACUUCUAUCCGCAAGAGGUAGCAAUAGGGGCACUUCUGGCCCAAAAGAAGAUUUCGGCCCAAGGAAGGAUGAAGAAACAGACCCUAGAAAAAUCCUUCAAGAACUACAAAACGACAACUCAGGUACGAUGUGGCAAAGCGGACGAGCUUCGAGAGUAUAGAAAGAUGGCUUGCCGAAUUGAAGGAUCAUGCGGACCCAAACAUACAAACGCUUUUGGUCGGAAACAAAUCCGACCUGCAGCAUUUGCGGACGGUGUCGGCGCAGGUAUAAUUUGUUGCGAAAGAUUCAGCUGACACUUUCAGCACUUGGGAGUUGCUACUUGUGCUGUUCCUGUUUCAUGUCGCUUUGCGCGCAUAUAAUUCGUGACAAUAAAAGUAUAUUAUACGAAUUUCAAUACUGAUGUUUCAUCACAACAGGACGGGUCCGCCCUCGCGGAAAAGCACGGGAUGACACACAUAGAGACCAGCGCGCUCGACAGCACGAACGUGGAGCAUAUCCACUGCGAAAAUGAUGUCAUCUGGGUCCUCGGAAAAAAUAUUAAAAAUGGCAUUUCUUGUAUUUAUUGCCUGCUCUCUGACGAUUGUCCUGUAAAACCUGUAAUGCGCCGCAAUACAGAUCACCUACAGGGCCACUUCUUUUUAUUUUGUCACCAAAAGUACUAACGUAGUUCUAGUAUGCAACCCGGAGCACUCUACGUAGUAAGUAUGAGAAACAACGAAAAAAAUCUUCGUCGUGUUUAGGUGGAGGACUCGUCCAAGAAGUUUUUCCAAUCAUCCAUGCAGCUUUGUUAGAAGUGUUAAAAAGAACAUCAGAAGUUUAAAAUGUUCCAGACCCAGGCAACUACAUGUAGUUUUUUGCAGUGCAUAGAGCAAGCGUUCCAGCAAAUUUUGGACCAAAUCUACGCGGAAAUGCACCGCAGCAACCGAUAUCAACUGCAAAAAUGGUUGGGUCUGGAAGAGCCGGGGCUUGUCAUGCACAUUUUGCAUGAUCCGUGAUGUCUGUGAUGCUGGUUCUAGCAUCACAGAUUUUUUGAAAGCUUCUUGAUGCUAAUUACGCAUGAGAAAUGCCCUCUCUGCGUGCCAUGAGCUGACUCCUCUUGCUGCUCAUGCAACACAGACAUUUUUGGAAUCCGCAGACAGCAUUACAAGUUCCACCCUUCCAGACCCAGACAUUUUUGCAAUGCAUAAGCGAAACGCCCCGGUUCCAGUGGAGGACGGGUUGCGAGAAGUGGAACUAGAGAACAGCAACACCAAUGUGCCGAUGUCCGGAAUCGGAGGUGGUUGCUGUUGACGCACGACGCCGGCAUGAAAUGUUCAUGCGCUCGUGAUGUCUCCGGUACUUCUGAGAAAUUUGGUAUAUUACACGACAAGCUAGAAUGAAAAUUGAAUGAACUUCGCCCCCUCAGGCACGACGCAAGGAACUUCUACAGGUCAUCUGACGAGACGAAUCACAGAAAAGAGCGGAACUUUUGCCAAUACGCGAAUUAUACUUAGCGAAUGAAGAAGCAACAAAUCAAAUGAAGUUGUUAAAGAGCGCAGAUUUGUUGUAACGAGUUGCGACGAAAAUUUUGGUAAUUCUUUGAAAAUGUGAUUAAAGCAAUUAUCCUGGCCUAACCGCGUGUGAAACAACAAGCUGAAGAUCAGCAUGACCGAUCAGACCGCAUGAAAAAUCGCGCUAUUUGUAGGACCAUUUAAUAUUCGCGAGGACAAUUGCGGUAAAAAA